UGGGCUGCCCGAGCUGAUGCCAGUGGUAUCGCGCUCACCACGCUAUACAAUCGUUGGCGAGGACGGCCCUCAAUAGAGCACAAAGCCCAAGCCCAGCAAUACCUCAACGUAGAAGAGGAGAAAGCACUGGUUGCGUUCUUGCUACUAAUGUCUAGUUUCGGACAACCCGUCCGCAUUAAGUAUAUACCAACGCUAGCCUUCAGCAUUGCCCGACGUCGAUCCCCCACGACUCGACCGAAGAAGCCUCCUGGUAAGAACUGGGCUCAAGCCUUUGGGAAGCGCCACCCCGAACUCAAAUCGAAGAGAGUAAGGUCUAUAGACUGGAAGCGUCACGAGGUGCACAUAUAUGAUAAGAUCACAGGGUGGUUCGAUAUCAUCGGCAAGGUACUACAAGAUCCGGCUAUCCUGCCAGAGAACGUA